CUCAGUUUCUCUAGGUUUAGCGGCCGCUUCUUCUUCUUCAUCUCACUCUCUCAGUCACAGGCGAAUAGGCGAUUGCUUCUUCUUCCUCAUCCAUGAUCAACAAAUACAACAACAAGUAACUCAGUAACUGUAAGUCAUCACUCAUCAGCGAUUCCUUUUCAUUUCCUUGUCUUCUUCAUUUGAUAUUUCUUUCUGUGAAUCUGUGGUUGUAACUUGUUUUUAGGGUUCUUGUUACGGAUUUUUGAUUAUUUUGAAUGAAAUCUUAGAUUUAUGAAUUAGGGUUCUUGUUUUUAGUUCAGAUUUUGGGGGUUUCGGUUUGGGGUUUUGAUUUGGGGUCUUGUUUUAUGUAUUUGUGUCUUAUUUUUGCUCACUGGGUUUGUUUCCUCUUUGUGGAUAUACUGAUGUUUCAUGUUUGUAACUCUGAUAUUUGAACUACUAGAGAUGUAUGAUUUGGGGUCUUGUUUUAUGGAGAUGUAUGAACUACUAGUCUACUAGUGAGAUGUUGGAACCUAGAUUCAAAGUCCCUGGCCUCAUGACUAUUGAUAGGGAUAUGUUGAUAAUAUACAUGGAUGGAAAAAAACUUUUGAAAGAAUACUUCAAGGCAUCCAAACAGAGGGUUUCUUUGACCACUGAUACAUGGACUUCACCCAAUAACUUCAAUUAUAUAUGUGUCACAGUUCACUAUGUUGAUCACAAUUGGAAGUUGCAAAAGAGAAUUAUUUUGUUUUGCCAAGUGAAAGGUCAUACAGGUACUGCAAUAGGUAAGAUGUUGGAGAAGUGCUUGUUAGAUUGGGGGGCUUGAAGAUGUCUUUGGUGUCACUUUGGAUAAUGUCAGUGCUAAUACUCUUGUCAUCGACUAUUUAAAGCAAACAAUGAUUGGUUGGACUGGAGCAACUGAAAGGACUGAAUACUUGCAUGUUAAGUGUGCUUCCCAUGUGCUUGCUUUGGUUAUAAAAGAUGCAGUGAAGCUCUAUAACAAGUCAAUCGCAAGGAUUAGGUCAGUUGUGAAGUAUGUUACUGGUUCUCCAGCUAGAUGGGAAAAGUUUAAGCAUUGUUGUUCACUGGAGAAGAUUGACUGCAAUAAAGGAAUAAUCUUAGACUGCAAGACAAUAUGGAAUAGUACAUUCUUGAUGUUAGAGGCUGCUGAGAAGUAUGAAAGAGCUUUUAAAAGGUUGGAGAAGUAUGAUAGAGACUACAAGAAGAAGUACAUUUUUGAAGAAGUUCAUACUGAUGCUUUACCUGGUCAUGAAGCUCUUCUUGUGCUGGCUAGUUCCAUGGAAUACUUAACUUUCAGUUAUUCAUCGAGUUCUGAAUCUGAGAUGGAUGUUGAUACUGAUCCAAAAGGCAAGAAUAAGAUGAAGAAAAAGAAGAAGAAACAGCGUCGUCACCAUGCUCCUUAUGCUGAAGAUUGGAGUUAUGCGAGAAGUCUGGUGAAGUGCUUAAAGGUAUUCUUUGAUGCUACUGUUAGAUUUUCUGCUGCUACUCAAGUUAUUACGCAUACAUUCUGAGAUAAUGGUUCUGAUGCUUUGGUUAGAAAUAUGGCUGAAAUUAUGUUUGCUAAGUAUAAUAAGUAUUGGGGUUCUUAUGAAGACAUGAAUUCUGCUUUGUUCUUUGCGCAAUUGUUGGAUCCAAGAGAGAAGGAGAAAGGGUUGGAAUUUGUUCUUGAAUGCUUGUAUGAGAAAAAUCAAUACAUGGUUGAUAGAGUUAUGAAGAAGGUUAAAGAAGAUAUGGUCAGACUUUUUGAAGAGUACAAAUCUUCAUAUGCAGUUGUUGGUGAAAGUUCAACUAGUGUUUCUGCAGUUCAAGCUCCAGUUGUUGUGCAAGAACAAAGCAUUGAGGCCAUGCUUAACUCAAGGAAGAAAAGGCAUAAAAGAAACCAAGUUGGUGUUGAAGGAUUAAAUGAGUUGGUUUAAUCCAAGUAUAACUGGAUUAAGUGGCACUGAUUUUGUUCUUGCACAACAACUGGAGCUUGAACUGCAGAAACACUAGUGGCACUGGAGCUUGAGCUGCAGAAAUCUCGUAUGUCAAGCUCCAGAAACACUAGAGGAAUUUGAAGAACAAAAUGUCAAAUUACUCUCGUUUGUUAGAGGAAUUUGAAGAAGAAUAAAGUGGCACUGAUUUUGACAUUUUGGCUUGGUGGCAAAGCAAUAGUACUAGUGGCUUGGUGACAUUUUGUUCACCAAGCCAAAAUGUCAAAAUCAGUGCCACUCUCGUUUGUUAGAGGAAUUUGAAUUUGAAGAAGAAUAAAGUGGCACUGAUUUUGACAUUUUGGCUUGGUGGCAAAGCAGUAGUACCAAGUAUAAGGUACUCUCGUAUAUGGCGAAGGAUAUACUAGCAAUGUCGGUGUCUUCUGUAGCUUCUGAAUCAGCUUUUAGCACUGGAAAGCGUGUGCUUAGUCCUUGGAGAAGCUCUUUAUCUCCUAGGACAGUUGAAGCAUUGAUAUGCACCCAAAACUGGCUACAAAAGCCAAUUGCUCUUGAUCUUCUAUCGGACUAUGUACCAGAUGAUUGCUCAAGCAUUGAGGAAGCAAUAUUGGGUGCUUAUCCAGUACCAGAGGAGUUUGAUGAUCCAAUGAUGCUUGACUAAUGAAGAUGAUUGUUGAAGUUCAGAUCUUGACAUCUUGUUGCAGACUUGAUAUAGAAAGGAACUAUGGUCUAUGGAAUGGAAGUGUUGGUUUACUUUUAACACUUUAUGUUAAUCUAAUCUUUGAACACUACUUUCCUUUGGUAGUUAUGUACAUAUGCAGUCGUUGUGUGCUGGUCACUUGGUCUUCAAGAACUUGAGUAGUUGGAUGAUUGCAGUACUCUUGCAGACUUGCAGAGUUGCAGUAAUUUUAUUUUGAAGUUCAAGUUUAUAUCAGUUUAUGUUUAUGUCAGACUUUAAGUUCAGGUUUAUAUCAGUUUAUGUAAUUAUGUUAGUUGGUACUUGGUUUUAAAGAACUUAUGUUAAUUAUGUUUAUGUUGUUA